CCGACCCCCGCGGCGUCAGCUUCGCGUCAGUAGAACGCGACGUUAGCAGCGCGCGACGGUGUUGCUCCCGGCUCGGAAUUUCGAGCUUACUCGCAGCAUGUCGGUCAUCUUCGCCCCUGACUGGCUUCGCGGCAAGGCUAAGGUCAACCAGGAGACCAUCCAGCGGCUCCUGGAGGAGAAUGACCAGCUGAUCCGCUGUAUCGUGGAGUAUCAGAACAAGGGCCGAGCGAACGAGUGCGUCCAGUACCAGCAUGUGUUGCACAGAAAUCUCAUUUACCUAGCUACCAUCGCAGAUGCCAACACAAGCAGCCUCACGAAGGCAGUGGAGUAACUCCAGGAGGCUGUUUGCCAGGACCAACUGAAGGGGACACAUCUUCUGUGAAAUAGAGACACAGUUGUAAGGGACUAAGCCGCUUAGAACGCGGGCAAAAAGGCUGUGAUUCGUUUGGACUCUGAAGAAAGUUGCUACUAACUCCUCUAUAUCUUAGUGUAAAUAUUUUAGUAAUAAAACAGAUCCCACAGUAAAACGGAAUGGAGGCAAUGUGGCAGCAGUGCCAUUGUCACGGUCAACAAAAUCAAUAGUGCUUCUUAAUUCUCUGGUAUCAAAUGAUAACCAGUCUUUCUCUGUCCCACCAGCCAGCUCUCAGAUAACGACAUAGAGACUUGUUAGUUAUGAAACCUUGGUCUUGCUAGCUCUGUUAACUUAAAUUAAUACAUUUCUACUAACCCUCGCUCUGUCACACGCUGCCCACCCUGCUUCCAUGUCCCCUGGCAUCUCAUCUGCACUUCAUCCCACUUCCUCCUCUCCUCCAGAAAGUCCUGCCUCUUCCUCCUGCCCAGCUAUUAACUGUUCAGCUCUUUAUUACGCCAGUCACAGCAAUAUACCUUCAUACAGUAUACAAGUAUCCCACAACAGUGACGUUCACUUCUCUUCAGUAUCCCAAAAUGCCUCUUUGUGAUAUAUCCCACAUCAGCUGAGGCUGUCUCACAGCCCUGAUUUUCACACUAUUUCAAAUCUACGCUAUAAAAAAUGCCCAAGUUUCUUUUCAGGGAGAGAGGUUGAAGCAAAAAUCCCUGCUUAAGGCUGAAUUACAUACACAUCAAAGAGAAUCAAGCAAAGGGUGCAUUCAGAGCUGAGAAGCAAAUAAUAGUAAUAAUAAUAAUAAUUUAAUAGCCAGCACUAGGCACAUCUGGGAGAUAGAGGCAGGAGGUCGUCAGCCUAGGCCACAUGAGAUCCUGAAAAAGGGAAAAUGUAUUUGUUAGCAUAUAAAAAAUAGGUUUAACAAUGA